AUGUUGACACAUUCAAUGCCCAAGCGCCAAACGUGGCGUGCGAUGGCUUCUAUGUGGGAUUUGCUCAGAGCAUCGAUCCCAAGUUCUGGUCUCUUCUGGGCCAUAUCGGAUGAAGACCCCCAGCGUCAGUGCAGAGGGUGCCACGAGAUUUGCCAGCUUCUCCGCUGGGGCGAGGUGCAAAGGAGACGAAAUAACGCUUUCCAAGGCUCCUCGCCUGCGCGCAUCUUCCACAGCAGCUAUUCCGAACUCGACGUCUCCGCCAGCCAGUCGGGUUGCGACUCCUGCCGUCUUAUCCGGCGGGCCCUUCUCCUGGAGCAGAUCACCCGUCGAGAUGCCGACCGACUGGCACAUCCAAACAAUCAAUGGCCCAUUUACGCGGUGCUAAACCUCAGUUCAUCCGGCGACAGCGCCCUAGAACUAGCCAUCAAGUCUCCUAAAUCCGUCCUUUUCUCUGCAACCAUCCGCUUGAGCAACGAACCUCGGCCACUACACCGCAGUCCGUCAAAAGGGGUCUCAGGAGUGCGCUCCGAUCUCGAUGCGUUGCGCCGGGUCAUCGAAGAUUGCCACCUAAACCACGAAUGCUCCUCGAGAUACCGUUGGUCGCGCCGCAAUCCCACCUGGCUCCUCAAAAUCCUCCCUGAUAACUUUGUCCAACUGGUCGAGGGCCCGCCAGAGCCCGUCGACUACGUCGUGCUUAGCUAUACAUGGGGUGACCCUACGACUAUGCCUCCUGACGAAUGGGCGAGGAUUAAGGGCGCAGGCACCAAAACGAUAAACGGGCGGCCUGUCCCUGAGCGGUUGAACCCUUUCCAGCUGUGGGACCUACCAGAAACUAUGCAAGAUGCCGUCAUGAUAUCAGGGUCCCUUGGGGUGUUCUACAUCUGGAUCGACAAUGUUUGCAUCCCCAAGGGGACCAACUGGGACACAGAGGCCUCAUUGAUGCAUGAGGUGUAUGGGAAUUCCGCCUUCACACUUGUCGCGUCUUCGAGCUCCAAGGCGACAGACCGCCUGAUACACGAUAGGUUAGCAUGGACACAUCGCAGCAAGGCAUGUCAGUUACGCGAGAUGUGGUGGCUCCAGAACACCCAAACCCCUCUGGACCGAGUCCGUUUCGAAGCGCCAGUAUCGAUGCGAGCCUGGACGCUACAAGAAGAGCGGCUCUCACCGAGAAUUGUGUACUGGGCAGGUCAACGAUGGUAUUGGUCCUGUCCCGAGUGCCAGGUUGUCGAGACGGAGGAGCUUGAGUGGGCCCCUCCAGCAGCCGACGGAGCGCCCCGGAGCUGUCCUCAGCGGUUCUUGGAGCUUUGCCGAACGGGGGACGAACACCUGCUUCACGAGGAGUGGCUUGAUAUCGUCGAGGCUUACACUCGUCGCGACCUGGUCGCUCCUAGAGACCGGUUCCUUGCCAUUGCCGGCCUCGCCGUGCGCUUUUAUAAUGCGAAAGCCGGGACCGGCGGAACAGUCGUCACUGAAGACUAUUUGGCUGGUCUUUGGAAAGAUAACUUUGCCAGGCACCUUGCCUGGUCCGUUGCGGCCGCUGUCGAUUCCCAGCAUAACCUGCAGCACAUUGCGCCAUCCUGGUCCUGGGCAUCAUUGCCGCUCCGAGUGCACACUAAUACAAAAGCCUCAUUCAAACCGUCGGAACACUUCGAAUUCAUCGCCGUCGACCAAAUUGACCCAGCCUGCACCAGCACAACGUUCACACGGCCGGAAACUGGGGACCGCUCCACGGAUUAUAUUAACCGCGGCCGAGCCGUUGAAGAGCGAGGCAGAGGCGUCAAAGUAGUCGAAGUGCGAGGUCGUUUCCGUCGUUUUAUUUCUGAGGAUGCCUUGGAUGUUUCGUGGGAUGACAUCGAGUGGAAACGAGGGGAAAGGUCUAGCUUCAACUUUGGCGCAUUUCCGGGCCAGGGCAUCUACGCGCGCAACAGGGGUAACGGUAACAUCAUAUCCAAGGAUGCUCACAGUGGCGAGGUUGUUGGACGGCUCGACUAUCUCGUUCCGGCAAAUGGCAAACCGAAAGACGAACUUACGCCCUACGUCCGAGUAGGCGACGAGAAGAAUAUUGUGUGUCUCGAACUCGGCGAGCUAGCCAUGCUCUUACUGGUACCCAUUGACAAAUGCGGCCAUCCCGAGACGUACCAGCGUGUCGGGGUUGCCAUUGGGUACACCAAUCGGAAAGGCUUUUUUUACGGCAGCGAGACGAGAAGGAUCCGUUUAGCUUGA